CAGAGUGCGACGCGUGGGCGUCGCGAUAGACCCCUAUAAAACCUCACCCCGGCCGGGCGGACCGUGACAGUUCCGGAACGAACGCCGAGCACACGACACGUCGCCACUAGCGCAAUCACGAUACCAAGAAGAAAAGAGUACUUACACGGUGACUAGGAGCGACUACAAUAUUUACUUGAAAAAUACGAAAUAAGUAAAAUAACCAACAAGUGAACUAUGAACUUAUUAACUGCCUUAAACGUGGCUGUUAUGGCCACCGUGGUUGCGUGCCUAGCGUGGCCUGCCACGGCCCAGGUGUACAACAUGAAUCGGUAUGGCAAACAGCAGCUGACCCAAAAACAGUAUCGAUACGGCAACCCGACAUGGGCGAACGGAGCUAAUCGGGCCGGUGGUUGGGCGUCAUCUUCAUACGGCAAUAUGAUGAGACAUUAUCCGGUGUCAAUGGCCCGAUACGGAGCGAUAAUGGGCGGCGGUAGACAAACGCUGUCGCCUGACGACUAUUAUGAUGGCGAAUCUAGAGGAUCGGUCGCAUACGAUCCCAGCCCUAGACGGUACGACCGGUUGGACUACGCUGUAGUCAGGUAUCCGAAUUACGGCGUUGGUUAUGGUGGUUACGGUGGUUACGGUUAUUAUCCGGUGACCAGUCUGGCCGCUUCGGGUGGUAGCGGUAGUGUUGUCGUUGACGACGAUCUGUUGUAUGACGAUGAUGACGAUGACCGUGACCGUGACCGUGAUGACGACGAUAACGACGAUAUGUUGUUUGGGGAUCAUUCCGGUGGUCAAAUAACUGCAGCAAGAUAUCCGAUGACGGACAAAAUACACAAUUUUCGGAAGGUGUUCAUGUCAAACCUCGUGUCACCAUCCAACGCGUUCAAGUCACCCAAAGAACGGCAGCUAUACGACUUUUGGGAAUCCCUGAUCAAUGGCGACCUGGACGAUAUGCAGCAGACCGACGACACCAUCGGACAACAGCGUCUAGACCGGGAUCGGCCACAGCAUCAGUCACCCACUUCAUUGCUCUAUCAACAUCUGCCGCCGAUAUUUCUCAAGCUGCAGCAACAGCAGAAACAGAAGCUACAGAACCAACAGCACCCGCUGAAGCAGCACUACAAGUCGGUUGACGAUCAGACACCACCACCACCACUGUCCCCGCCUUCGACAUCAUACUUGGCGUCGUCGUCGCCACUGCAUACCGUACCGCGCGGAAAUUUCUACAAACAGUGGGCGAACGGAUCGCCACUAAUCAAGAGGUCUUCGGCUGGUGGAAUACAGCAGACGAUUUCACCAUCGUCUCUAUCAUCAUCAUCUUUGGACAACGACGACGUACGGCAGUUGCGUGAGCUGAAGUCUAACAACGGUGCCACCAAUACAACAAUGACCACGUCGACCACUACAACCACUUCCACGGUCGCCGGUGUGAGUACCGCGGCGGCGCCAUCACCUCCCAUGGCAGACGGAGGACAGAGAGAGUUCGUACUGCCCAGACCGGCGGGCGAGAAGACAGGUUUGGAGAGUCUGUUGGAGGUGAUCGCCGAAGGUGGUCUUCGUGGAAACUACGGCGAUAACAGCAAUUUUUCCAAAGAAGCCAAAGUGAAUAAGAAAAGAUCAUUCGUUUCCGAUGAAACGUCAUUGGCAGCUCAACUUGGUGCGCUUCGAAAAAAUUAAGAUAUUAUAUUGUAUGAAUAAUAAAAUGUGUUAAGUUGGUCAAAGCGGAAUAUACUAAAAACUAUAUGAUAAUAGUAGUGUAAAUAAUAAAUUUUCUUUUAUUCGAUACGUUCGCUUACGUGUAAAGUCAAUUUCCUAGCCGUUCUUCUUUUUUUAAUUUACAUUUUUUAAAAGCAUGUGUGCACUUUAUGAUUUUAUUCUCCUUCCCCGUUGAAAUACACUUAUUGUUGGAUACCACAAAAUAUUGUUUGGUUUAAUAACAUAAUUUCAUUAAGGAGCGAAGACUGAAUGAAACGUUUCAUUGUACCUAUUAUAUAUGCAUUUAUAGUGUCUAUAACAAAUACAAUUCAAAUAAUCACUUGUAAGUUUAAAAGUCGGUAUUUCUUAUUUAAGUAUUAAUUUUACUCUAAAUAUUAUUAAUUAAAUUGCGUUUACCACCUAUAUAUAUUAACCCUAUUGAUAUUUUAUAUUAUCUUGAUACUUAAAUUUUUGUAUGCUGUCCAUUCUUGCACUUUUAUGUAAUUCCCCUGUACAUAAUAUUAUAAUAAUUACCGUGAUUUGUUUGUAAGAUUUAAUAAUAAUUAUUAAUUAUAGGUACUAUUCGUCAUUAAGUACCUAUGCGUAAUAUGAUAUUGUAGUCAUGAAUGUAGAAUGUUAUAUUUAAAUAAAAUAUUAUCAACUAAAA